UUCAUUUUUUUUUUCCAUUUUUUCAGUUUGGCUUAAAUUCUUCAGCUUUGAUCCCAUUCGAUAGCUCCUAAAGCUUUUUUUUUUUCUAUGUUCUUUUGUUUGUUUUCAUGAAUUCUUGUGUUUCUUCAAUGUCUCUCAGUGUUACUGGAAUCUAAAGUCUCUUUUUUAUUUUAAAUCGUUUGAUGCAAGAUUUGAAGUGGGUAUUUGAAAAAACCACCAAAGGUGCUCAAAUGAAGCUUCUUCGAUAGUAGUUGGGGUGAUUUAAGUCCAGUGCAGUACCAAAUAUCUGCAAUGAGAAAGAAGUUUGCUUCAGUGCUUCUUUUAUCUCUUGUUACAGUUGUUUUUAGCACCACUGACCCUGGUGACCUUGAUAUUUUAAUGCAAUUCAGAGACGGACUUGAGAAUCCUGAGCUCUUGAAGUGGCCUGAAAAUGGUGGUGACCCUUGUGGUCCUCCAAGCUGGAACCACGUGUAUUGUGAGAAAUCCAGGGUUACUCAGGUUCAGGCUCAAGGUGUGGGCUUGAAGGGUACUUUGCCUCAAAACUUAAACAGGCUCUCCAUGCUCAAGAACAUCGGUCUCCAAAGGAAUCAGUUGAGUGGAAAGUUGCCAUCUUUUUCUGGCUUAUCUAAUUUGCUGUAUGCUUAUUUAGAUUACAACAAUUUUGAUUCUAUUCCAGCUGAUUUCUUUGAUGGUUUAGAUAAUUUGCAAGUCUUGGCAUUGGAUCACAACAAUUUUAAUGCUAGUACUGGCUGGUCAUUUCCCAAAGCUUUGCAAAAUUCUGCUCAGUUGACCAAUCUUUCUUGUAUGAGUUGUAAUUUGAUUGGUCCAUUGCCGGAUUUUCUUGGUUCCAUGCCUUCCUUGACAAACUUGAUGCUUUCUGGUAAUAGUUUGUCUGGUGAAAUUCCGGGGACUUUCAGCGGCAGUGCUCUGCAGAUGCUUUGGCUGAAUGAUCCGCUUGGUAGGGGGAUGACAGGUCCAAUCGAUGUUGUGGCAACAAUUGAGUCCCUCACCGUUCUAUGGCUGCAUGGGAAUCAGUUUACAGGACCAAUUCCAACGAACAUUGGUAACUUAACUCUCUUGAAGGAUCUCAAUCUUAAUAGUAACAACCUUGUUGGCCCGAUUCCUAAUAGUUUAGCAGAUAUGAGAUUGGACAACUUAGAUUUAAACAAUAAUCAGUUGAUGGGUCCAAUUCCAAUGUUUAAAACGACCAAUGUGACUUUUGCUUCAAAUAAAUUCUGUCAAGCCACACAGGGGCUUCCUUGUGCCCCAGAAGUUAUGGCGCUAAUAGGGUUUCUUGGUGGGGUGAACUACCCUAUGAGGCUUGUUUCUUCUUGGUCUGGUAAUGAGCCUUGCAAUUGGGUGGGAAUUAGAUGCAACAGUGGGAAGGUUUCAAUCAUAAACUUGCCCCAUUAUAAUCUCUCUGGUAUUUUGAGUCCUGCAGUUGCAAAGUUGGACUCCCUUUCUCAAAUUAGGCUUCAAUCUAACAAUCUAAGUGGUCUGAUUCCCGAUAACUGGACUAGCUUGAGAUCUCUGGAAAGUUUGGAUCUCAGUGGCAAUAAUAUAUCUGGUCCAUUACCAAAAUUUAGUAGCACUGUGAAUCUAGUAAUAUAUGGUAAUCCUUUAUUGAAUGGUGAUAAGAAAGCUCCUUCCACUGGGGACAAUACACCAUCUGAGAUUUCAGAUUCUCCAGCCAAUAGCCCAUCUACCUCAUCGAAAGGUUCAGGUUCGAGUCCCAUUGAUUCUUCCAUGGAAUCAAGCAAAACAAAAAGUUUCAAAAGAAACACAUUUGUUCUAAUUGUUGCUCCUGUUGCAAGUUUUGCAGUUCUUGCUUUUCUGGUCAUUUCUCUAUCCAUCUACUGUUAUAAGAAGAGAAAGGAAAAUAAGUUGGCUUCAACUUCCCUGGUGAUCCACCCAAGGGAUCCGUCUGAUUCAGAUAAUGUGGUUAAGGUUGUUGUUGCCAGUAACACCAACGGAAGUACUUCUACACUAACCGGCAGUGGUUCUGCAAGCAGGAAUAGUAGCAGCAUUGGAGAGUCUCAUGUCAUUGAAGCAGGAAAUUUGGUCAUAUCAGUUCAAGUUCUUCAAAAUGUGACCAAAAAUUUUGCGCCAGAAAAUGAGCUUGGCCGUGGUGGCUUUGGUGUAGUUUAUAAAGGGAAACUAGAUGAUGGAACACAGAUUGCAGUUAAAAGAAUGGAGGCUGGUGUGAUUACAAACAAGGGCCUGGAUGAAUUCCAGGCUGAAAUUGCAGUUCUUUCAAAGGUCCGGCAUCGUCAUCUGGUAUCUCUUUUGGGUUAUUCCAUUGAAGGCAACGAGAGAAUUCUUGUUUAUGAAUAUAUGCCUCAAGGAGCUCUUAGCAAGCACCUUUUCCAUUGGAAGAGGCUGAAAUUGGAGCCUCUAUCUUGGAAGAGGCGGCUAAAUAUUGCCUUGGAUGUAGCCAGAGGAAUGGAGUAUCUUCACACUCUGGCUCACCAAAGCUUCAUACAUAGAGAUCUUAAGUCUUCAAAUAUUCUACUUGGUGAUGAUUUCAGAGCAAAAGUUUCAGAUUUUGGUUUGGUCAAACUUGCUCCUGAUGGAGAGAAAUCUGUUGUGACCAGGCUUGCUGGGACUUUUGGUUACUUAGCACCAGAAUAUGCAGUGACAGGAAAAAUCACAACCAAAGCUGAUGUCUUUAGUUUUGGUGUUGUACUGAUGGAACUUCUGACUGGAUUGACGGCGCUUGAUGAGGAUAGGCCUGAAGAGACCCAGUACCUAGCUGCAUGGUUCUGGCAUAUCAAAUCAGACAAGGAGAAAUUGAGGGCUGCCAUUGACCCAGCUCUUGAUAUAAAAGACGAAACGUUUGAGAGUAUCUCCAUCAUUGCUGAACUUGCUGGACAUUGCACUGCAAGGGAACCCAGCCAACGGCCUGACAUGGGCCAUGCUGUGAAUGUAUUGGCUCCACUUGUUGAAAAAUGGAAACCACUGGAUGAUGAUAAAGAUGACUAUUGUGGCAUUGAUUACAGCCUUCCCCUUAACCAAAUGGUGAAGGGUUGGCAGGAAGCAGAAGGAAAGGAUUUUAGUUAUGCAGACCUAGAAGACAGCAAAGGUAGUAUCCCAGCUAGGCCUACUGGUUUUGCAGAGUCAUUCACUUCUGCUGAUGGUCGAUAAAACAGGUACUUUGUUGCAUAUCUUUGAACACCUUGUUCAUUUGGCAGUUAUAGAUAGCAGCUUGUGUUCUAUCUGUUUGAGAAUUCAAUGCCAAUAUAUAUAUUUUUUAUGGCGGUUGCUUUAUUGGUGGAUUUCCAGAUAUUUAAAUUAUAGUCUCGUUUCUAGGUUUCAGUUGUAAUAUUUUCCUGCUUAUGAUGAUGUAGAUCUAGAGCAGUGGUGAAUGAGAACUUUUUGUUGGUCGUUCCUCGUUCUUUUUCCUUCCCCUCAAAGUCCAUAGAGACAUUUUCCUUCCUCAAGAUUUCCCAACCUCUAUUAAAGACACCCCUGAAGUCAAAUCAAUUUGGCCCCAAAACCUUUUGGUUGUUGAUUCAUAUCUUGAUACGUUCAGAGCAUCAUGUUGUGACCUGAUGUUAAAUGGACCAAAGCAAUUUUCCUGAUAUGUUAAUGUUUUGAAGUAGGAAUAAUUGCAUGCCGGACAGAGGCUUCUUGGUAGCCGCUUAAUAAUUCUGAUUCAGAACAAUCAAUGUCUGAAAAUGAACCAAAACUGACUCCAUAAUGGUGUUCAGAGCUACAAAUCAAGUAAAUGAAAGCAGACCCAUUUAUUUACGUUGGUUGGAUAUAUUAUAUCAGUCGCACCUACACUAACCAACACUUGAAUUAUUGUAUUUUAUUUUUGUGAGUUUGGUGAUGGAACUCCAUUGGUAUUUUAUUUCUGCAAAAGUCCGAUUCCUUUCUCUUAACUUUUUUUUUAUUAUGAACAACUGAUCCGUUAAUGUUAUCACCAUUUCGAGCCAACACUAGAUCUAGCACCUCCACAAGCAAAUGGACCCAUAAAGGCAUAAACAUUAUGCAAGUUUGGCUCAAUGCAAUAAAAAAUACUGUGGCAGGCAAUCAGUGGGGUAGUGUGCACUGGCGGCGUAGUGUUGCCCAAUAGUUAGGCUGCUUGUUAUUGUCAUUUGCGAAGUUGGGUGCAUCAUGACUCGAUGAUUACUAGGUAACACCCAACACCAACAUGAUAAUGUGGGUCUACUUUGUUUACUUCAAAUGAUGGAGUUGCACUUCUCGACACGUGGUUGGCCCCCUUUCCUGUCAUGUUUUUGGACAGAUUUGCCAAUUCGUUAUGAUUCGAUUUCUUAAGAUGAUGGUGAUAGUGCUCCUAUUUUUCUUUGGAUAAAGGAAAGUGACAAAUGAUGUAGAGACUGCCUUGAAGUUUUAUCAUACUCCUAAUAAUGAUGCAA